GGCGCGAAGCGGUGCUCUCUGCCGCCCCGCGCCCCCAUGUACGCCUUUUACUCUCUGCUCAUCUACAUCUUCUACAGUCUUUUUCGCAGGGAUGGCGGGGCCGCGGCGGCCGCGGACCCCAACGACCCCACCCAGAGGAGCAGUGGUAAACCUAGGGGUCGUCGCCGCCCCGAUCAGUUCACAUCAGAGCUCUGGACCGAGCUGAACAGCCUGGCGGGCUGCUCCAAAUCUGAGGAUGGUCAGAAAGGAGCCGAGGGUGGAGCACCUGAGGUGUCUCUGGAAGAGGCACUUAUGCGCCUUGCUGAGUUCCUUUCCCUCCAGUUGGGGGCAGAAGAGAGCUGUGGGACGCCUCCUGACCCGGGCAAGCCUGGUGAGGUCCCCCCGCUGUUGACAGUGACAAGUCAGCUCUUGGCCCUUCUGGCAUGGACACGGAGCCCCAGGGGGAGACAGGCCUUGCUCCAGGGGACACAGUCAGCCUGCCCAGUGCAGUCUUCCACUCUAGAUGGGUCCCUGUCACAAGAAGAAAGCUCCUCUCAGCCCACUCCCAUCCUGGAUGAGGUACCAGGGGAUGAAACCCAGGAACUGCAGCCUCCCCAGCUGGAGGAGGAACAGAGAGCUUGGCAGCGGCUGGAACAGCUUAUUCUUGGACAGCUGGAAGAGCUGAGACAGCAGCUGGAGCAACAGGAAGAAGAGCUGAGCAGGCUGCGCCUGGGAGUGGGGGCGACAGAUUCAGAGAAAAGAGUUCAGCAUCUCACACUGGAGAAUGAAGCCUUGAAACAGAGUUUGAGCCUUACUCGGGAGCUCCUGCUGCACGGGGGCCCUGGCCCCCUCUCCAGAGCUCCACAGGAGGAGGCAGGGGCUCUGUUGGAGCUGCAGGGACAGCUUCAAGAAGCCCAAGACACCACAGAAGCCCUCCGAGUCCAGCUGGGAGUCCAGGAGAUGCAGCUGCAGGGCCUGCGAGGGGCCCUCCAGCAGCUCCAGCAGGAGACAGAACAGAACUGCAGACAGGAGCUGCAGCAAGUUCAUGGACAGCUGGCAGGACUUCGGGCACGGAUGGCCAGCCUUCGUCAGGGCUGUGGGGACCUCCGAGGACUGGUCAGCACCUUUACCCAGAGUUGUCAGGGCUCUCUGAGUGAGGCCCAGGGCCAGGUAUCCUGGGCCCUUGGGGCUCUGUCAGCAGGAGGGGCUAGGACUCAGCUCCCAGAGGGGCAGCAGGGACCCCCAACUGGAUGCUCAGGGAGGCUUUUGGAACUCAAGGGUAAGAUUGGCUUUGGGAGUGGAGCAGGGACGACUACAGGAUGGAAGAAGAGGAGCCAAUCUGCUGGUGUGGUCCCCAAUGCAGGGAAUAUCCGUGUGCUAUGUCGGCUGAGACCAGCUGAAGGAAUACCUUCUAGCCUGGUGAGCGUGGAGCCUGGACAAGGGGGGACCAUCACCACCUGCUACCGAGGGCGCCAGCACCGCUUUCGCCUGGACUGGGUCUUUCCUCCAGAUGCCAGCCAGGAGGAGGUCUUCAGGCAGCUAGAGCCAGCAGUGCUGUCUUGCCUCCAGGGAUACAGUGUCUGCAUCUUCACUUAUGGUCAGACUGGGACUGGGAAAACCUACAGUAUGGAGGGCCCACCUGAGGACCCUGGCAUAGCUCCUAGGGCACUGCAGUUGCUGUUCCGGGAGAUGGGGACUGGAGGGCACCACCAUGUGACCCUCAGCAUGGUGGAGAUCUACAACGAGGCAGUCAGGGACCUCCUAGCUACAGGGCCUCCAGAGCGCCUGGUUGUGAGGCAGGGACCUGCAGGGCAGGGGGGAAUUCAAGUGGCUGGCCUCACGCACUGGGACGUCCCUAACCUGGAAACCCUGCAUCAGAUGCUGAGUCUGGGGAGGAGCAACCGAGCUACGGCAGCUACUGUCAUGAACCAGCACAGCUCACGCUCCCACGCCCUAGUUACGUUGACUUUGCGCUCAGCGUCUCCAUCUCGUGCCCAGGGUAGCACAGGCACACUGCAUCUGGUGGACCUGGCAGGAUCCGAGCGUGUGUGGAAAGCGGGGGUGGCCAGCCCGCUGCCGAGAGAUCCCAAUGGAGCCCGGCGCCUGCGGGAGGCCCAGGCAAUCAACCGCUCUUUGCUGGCGCUAGGAGGAGUGAUGGCCGCACUCCGAGCUCGACGACCGCACGUACCUUUCCGAGACUCACAGCUUACACGCCUGCUACAGCCGGCGCUUGGCGCCGGCACCACCGCAGUGCUGCUGCUGCAGAUCUCAACGAGGACCGAAGAUCUUGGGGAGACGAUCUGCUCGCUCAAGUUCGCCGAGCGAGUGGGUCAAGUGGAACUGGGACCAGCCCGGCGCCGUAGAGCCCCACGCUCCGGAACCCCUUCUUCUCUCAGUACUGACACCCCACUCACUGGGACUUCCUGCACCCCUACACCAUCUCCUGGCAGCCCUCCAAGUCCCAGCCCCAACUGCUGUUCUGGCUUGACUCUAGAGCCUCCAGCAGACCUGCCUCCGUAGAUCUAGGUCAAAGCCCUUAGGACUGGUCUUGGGAUGGGAACAAACCUCUGCUGGCAGAGGCAGCAGUGAAGUUCCUAUACCCCACCUUCCAGGCCAACCUCUUUUGUCUUUUUUCAACUCAGGCCCUAGCUGGCCCCCAGAAUCCUAGUUUCCCCUUUGCCUUCUUGAUCUGGCCAGGGACUGUCGUGCUCGGAGAAAGGAUAGCCUCCUCCCUUCCACCCCCAGCUGGGCCGCAGGCCCUCAGCUCUCACCUUAUCACCAUUUGCCCUUAUCACAGCCCGCAGCGGGGGAUCCGGAGCUGCAGGAACCAGACCCCAGACCAAGUGGUUUCCCAACUCACCACCCUGCCCCCAAUAUCAGACUUGGAAUUAAAGCCUUGUAAAUUCCUUUACUGUUAAUCUCUCCCCUACUUCCACCACCCCAAAUCAUGUAGAGUCCAGAUUUCAUUUCCUAACCCUCUCCCCAAAAGGUGCUACCUCCUACCCAAGCAGCUGAGGGGUGGGGGAAGACUUCAGAAUGGACCCACUUUUGGCUCGCCCUCCCCCAGCCUGGAGCCAAGAAGGCGCGGUGACAGAGGGAUGGCUAGAUGGAUGGCAUGAGAGGGUGGGGUAAAGGGAAGAUGCCCCACCCUAGGCUGAGCACUGCUUCUCCAGACCCCGUCCCUGUGUGUGGGAGAGUGAUUGGCCAGACCUGUCGUGUCUAGCAGAGGCAAACCCCUUUCUGGAGUAGCCCAAUUAAAGUUAUGGGUUUUCAGCAA